AUGGAGCAGUAUGUUGAUGGCAAUGCUGAAGGCGCGGAGGCUGAGGAUGAGGGCGCUGUUAAUGAAAACGAAGAUGAUGUUGACGAGACUUAUGGAGAACACGCUCCGAAGCUCCUGACAUUGAACUUGCUCACUGCCAUUCAAUUUCGCGUUCUGGAGCCCCUUGUCAGCCAGUAUAUUGUAUUAGAUGGGCAGGAGAGGGCCGAGUUUGUGCUCAAAGCCUUCCAGGAUGUUUGGGAUGGUGAGACCAUCGAGUGGGAUACUCCAGUGCUCUGGCCGUCGCGAACAAGCAAUAAGCGGUUUCAUAUUGUUCACAAGCCUGGCGACCGCAAGUCGGAAUGGGACCCGGUUCAAGCCUGUGGACAUGUCUACGUUGACACGAUCCAUGAGUUGAUCACAGAGGUAUCCGGGCUACGGCAUGGUGAUCAAUAUUGGAUCAGGGAGUAUAAGAAAGCAAGGCUGGUGUUGUAUUAUUCUCUUUCCGAUGAAGAUCGCAAUGAUCUUGACACUCUGGUGUUUGAAUGGAAUAAGAAUGGGCUCCCGCCUGAACAAAAGAGGAGGAAGUUUAUGCGAAGUGGGAAGAAGAAGAUGUUGGAUAUGGCGGUCGAUAACUUGAAGAACAAGGGUGUAUAUACCUUUUUUAUGAUUAUACCAGAGCCUGGUGUUGCUACCAAUGCGGAGUUUGUCGAUUUCUCCACUGAGAUGGUUCUGGGCGAGAAGCGGUUUCACCCCCACCAUACGUCAAUGACCGGAACCCUCGCACGGCUACUUCAAUUUGUCAAUCAGUCAACAGGGUUGGGCAAGGUUACGAACAAGCGGCGCAAGAAGAUUAAGGAUGCUAUGGACCGACUUACGGGCUAUGCGAUUCGCCCCAGUGAUUAUAGGGGGCGUGAUGGCUUGCUUUUGCGCAGGGCUGACUUCUCGCCUGAACUACAAAAGGAAGAGACGAAGAAUGCCCUGUACUACAUAUUCAGCACAGCACACGCCAACAUUUCGUCUUCCUAUCCAAAAUAUCUCGACGUCCCUUGGACAGAUAUCGCUGCCACCGACUCAGAGGGCAAUGGCCUGCUCGUCGAUGGGAAUCAAGCUGCACGUGUCGAACUGCUAGAAUGGCUAUUCACAAUUGGGGAGCUUAUUUUCCACCACUGGAAGCGGAAGAAUGGGCCCCGUCUUCUUCCUGUUGCCCAUGCCGACCACUAUUGGGCAACUACCGAAGCAGAUUCCCAGACGGCUGAGCUCCAGCGUAGUCGUGACAAGGCCCUGAACGCCCGGCCGUGUACUCCCACGGAACCUACCCUCCUGCCGGUGCCUGGUACCGCUGCGGCAUCUACGCUGCCGCCGGCACCUCUGGUCCCAUUCCUGCCUUCUGCACCCGCUCGCAUGACCAUUGCGCGUAGUCGGUAUGGCAGUGCUCGCGAAGUUCAAGUUCACGAUCCCGAGCUACGGAAUGUGCUAGACCAGGCUGGCGCCCCAAUUUUCACACAUAUUCUGGAUCCAGACGACUUUGCCAUUGCUUUGCCACUCGUUGAUGGACUCACUCAACCACUUGCUGUUCCCCAUACGGCUGAGGCUCGUGCCCAGUGGUGUCUGCAUUUCCUAACACUUCGCGCUACCGAUCUGGUGCUCCCGGAAACUCUCUUUCAACAAUGUGUUCGCUCCCUGGCCGAGCUACCGCUCGUCCAAAAUCAUGGAUAUGGAAGUACUAACUUUGCGAGCGGGCUUGCAUCCCCUUUCCUACCACCGGAUGUCGAUUGGCAUUCAGCGGGACCCACACUCACCGACAACCCGGCCACGGUGGCUGCCGUGGAAGCUUAUCUUUGUUCUUCGCCCUGGCAAUUUGCUUACAACGACGAGCUUCUUUUCUCGGGAUUUGACAUGGCUUGGGCAUGCCUGCUGGCUGCGCUUCUCUACAGCGAGCUAGCUCAGUCAUAUGAGGUCGGACGAGGCAUCAGCUACGAAGAGCUACAAAACAUUCUACAAGCUUUCCAUCAAUUCUUACGCACAUUGGCUGAGCGGCACGCUUAUCCGGGCCACGGUCCCGCCAUGAAGUAUGCCCUCGUUGAUAGCCGUCAAGAGUACCUGUACGGUAUCUUUCGAAUGCAUGAGCCGCUUAUCUCGCUCCUUGAAGCAGUCCAGAAGCUGCCCAACACAACACCUCCCACACCAUGCUCAUCGUCAUCAGUCACCCACUUCCCAUCUUGGCAAUCACCUCGAUGUGGGUUACCAGUCGCAAUGCAUAAGGAUCCGCACCUGGUGGGGAAGAUGCAGGGGUUCCUUUCCGAGAUGUCUCUUGUUGUCGAGUCCACAAGUGGCACAGCUGGGUCAAGAGAGGACGCACUCUUGCAUCUCCUUCAAGUUGCCUUCCUGCUAGCCGAUUUGGAAAGUAUUCAGAUGGAGACUUGGGACGAGAUGGGCCAGUUGGAAACGUCAUCCCUCCGUGGGCACGAGGACGAGCUGAUGCACUGCCGUCCGCAUCAUACGAGGAGCCCAGCCUCGACUCCUUAA